UGGAAGUAAAACAAUGAUAAUAUUAAUGGGAACCAAUCUGCCAAAAAGAAUGUGAUUAUUACUAAAGGGAUGGCAAACAGUUACUUCACCUAUUACUGUAACUCUUUAAUGUGAAACAUGGUAAAAUUAAGAGCUUUUAACUGUUAUGGGUGUUUUCCAGUAUAGGUUUUAAAACUAGUUCUAGACUAAUAUCAAUGUUAGAGUUGUCUAAACUGAAAACAGCGUGCACUUGCAUCUCUUAAAAUGCAUGAGUACCAUAGUUUUAUCUGAAGAGGCACACGUAAUGUCUUUUGUAAUGCACGUUUUGACGUUUUCAAAGCAUAAGUGAUGACAGAAGUUUCAUUUUUAGGUGAACUAUUACUUUAAUGAUCAUGCCCAAAACUUGUGUGCCACCCUGAGACCUUAUUUGUCGAAUCUGGUCACCUAAAAAAAAAGCCUUUCACAAUAUGAGGGACAGUGAACUGUUUUCAGUGUCUUUUACAUUAUCAUUUGACUACGGAUCUGUCUUAUGGUUCUUUGUUAGAAAUGCAUUACUUUUGCUUUACUGGUCAGACGUUGUAUGCUUUUCUUACAAUAUGUCGUUAUUGGUUUGAGCUGUUUAUUCAUAUGCAUCUCUGUUGUGAAUGCUUUGACAAUACAAGUGUACAAUGAUCGCUUGCAGAUACAGCAUCUUAAAAGUGCAACUGAAUGGAAUGGGAUGGGGGACGAAACUGAGAGAGAUGAUGUAUACAGAAUUUUUCUUUCAUUCAUUUCUUUUAGUUUAAUGUUUAAAAAUGCAAAAUAAGUUGUUUGAUCUUAUUUGAUAAUGCUUUUUUAGUUCUUAUAGUAAAGAUUUUUUGUUAUUUUAAGGUGACGUAUGUUGUGACGCAAAAUGGGCAGGUCGGAAGUGACUUAACAUGGCGGCGUGAACCUCUACGCACUUCUUCGUUAUGUGGAUUUGAAAAAGCUAUUUUGGAUCUAAAUAUAUAUCUAUACAUUCAGAAAUAUGACUCGCUUCGCAUUGUUUCUCUGUUUGUGUUCAAUUGCAUCAAGAAAUGCAAAAGGUGUGUUUGGUGUUGAUGCAGAUGAAGUGAAGUCAGUGUCAGUGAUGGAGGGAGAUUCUGUCACUCUUCACACUGAUCUUACUCGCAUACAGACAGAUGAUUUGAUACAGUGGAAGUUCGCUCCCCAAGGGCGUCUUAUAGCUGAAUUAUAUAACCAGGUUGUUGUAUACUUUAGAGACGGACUGAAGCUGGACGGUCAGACUGGAUCUCUCAACAUCACAAACAUCACGAGCAUAGACUCUGGAGUUUAUAAACUACACAUCAGCAGACACAAAGGAACUUCAUACAAGAGAUUCAAUGUUAACGUCUAUGCGCAUCUUCCUUUUCCUGUCAUCAGCAGAGUCUCAAACUGUUCUGUGUCGUGUUCAGUGAUGAAUGUGACACAUGUGAGUCUCUCCUGGUACAAAGGAAACAGUUUAUUGUCCAGCAUCAGUGUGUCUGAUCUUAACAUCAGACUCUCUCUACCUCUGGAGGUGAAAUAUCAGGAUACAAACACAUACAGAUGUGUCAUCAGCAAUCCCAUUACAAACCACACACAACAUCUUAACAUCACUGAGAUCUGUGGGUCAUCUUCAGAUCUGAGGCGAUCUUUGUACCCCGCUGCACUGAUAACAGGCCUGAUGCUGUUGGUCAUAAUGUGAAUGCAGUUUCUGGAACGAUGUGAUGCAGAAGCAGGGGUCUGAAAAAAAUGGAGAUGAGAAACUGAACAAGGCAAACUUUUUAGCAGCAGAUUUACUGCUAUCUGUCACUUAAAGAAAAAUGUACUGUUUGUAGCGUGAUGUAAAUUAAGUAUGGAUAAGGAGGCUGUUUGUUUUGGAGGAUGGUCGUCAGUUGACCGAUCUCAGUAAUGUUACAAAUACUGUAGAUCAACUGUAUGUUGUCAUUUGCGUAUCACUUAAGUAAUGUUGCACUCAAGUACAAGUAGAAGUAUUGAAAAAUAAUAUGACUCAUGUAGGUGUAGAUAAGUAUGCAGAAAAACUACUCAAAGUACAGCGUUACAAAGUACUUGACCAUUGUUUUUCUAUUUUUACAAAUUUGCCUGUUCACGACGUUUGAAUGUCGUUAUCGGCAGUUCCUUGUGAAAGGUCUGCGUUCGGUACAAAUGAGCAAAUAAAUUAUUUUAAAUUCA